AUGAGUGAGUGGCCUGAAGUUGGCGCGCCCACGUGUGGCUAUUACCCAAAUCGGGCACACAAAGUUACCGGGACUCGAAUGAGAGGCCCCGGGCUUGAUACCCUCCUCUUCGUUUACUUCUUCCUCGCCUUCAUCUUAAUCCUCCUCUUCCCUUUUCGCUUUCUCUUCCUCCUCCUCUUCAUCUUCCUCUUCCUCUUUCUCUUCUCCUUCUCCUCCUUCUCCAACUCCUCUUCAUCCACUUAUUCUUUCUCCCCCUCCUCCUCCUCUUCCUCUUCCUUGUCCUCCUCCAUUUACUCUUCCUCUUCCUCCUCCCCCUCCGAUUCCUCUUCAUCCACUUAUUCUUCCUCCCCCUCCUCCUCCUCUUCCUCGUCCUCGUCCUCCUCCAUUUACUCUUCCUCCUCCUCCAACACCUCUUCAUCCACUUACUCUUCCUCCUCUUCCUCUUCCUCUUCCUCUUCCUCUUCCUCUUCCUCUUCCUCUUCCUCUUUCUCCUCCAUUUACUCUUCCUCCUCCCCCUCCGACUCCUCUUCAUCCACUUAUUCUUCCUCCUCUUCCUCUUCCUCUUCCUCUUCCUCGUCCUCCUCCAUUUACUCUUCUUCCUCCUCCUCCUCCUCCUCAAACUCCUCUUCAUCCACUUACUCUUCCUCCUUCUCUUCCUCUUCCUCUUUCUCUUCCUCUUUCUCUUCCUCUUUCUCUUUCUCCUCCAUUUAC